CUUGAACCUUUCAAGCUUGCUUCACCAUCACAUUCUCGGUCAAAUAUAAUCAAAAUGCCUAAGCAAGUGACCGACAUUAAACAUUUCCUUGAAAUCGCAAGGAGAAAGGACGCCAGAUCCGCUCGUGUCAAAAAGACUGUCAAGACAUCCGGCGGUUCUCAAACCAAAUUCAAGAUCCGUUGCUCUCGUUACUUGUACACCUUGGUCGUUGAUGAUGCUGAAAAGGCAGAAAAGCUUAAACAAUCCCUGCCACCAGGAUUGAACGUUCAAGAUAUCGGUGUUAAGGCCAAAUCUGCACGCAAGUAAGCGCGAGAACCUAAAACGCUUCUUAUGGGUUGGAUCGCCUCCCACAUCAUUCACACGGUAUUCAUCGCUUCACACAGCCAAAGCCAGCUUACCGUGAUGUACUAUCGACCACAUCUUGUCAAUUAGCAAUCACAUAUACUCAUUCACACUGAGAAAGGGGUGGGGUUCCCGUAAGGGGUGCGUGUGCUGAGGUUGUGGAAAGGAUUGAUAAAUUGUGCUAAUAAUGCUACAUGGUACAUAUGAUUGAGGCAGAGGGAAAACAGUGUAGUAUUCAUCGAAUCUUUCUGUGGUCGAAGAAAGUCUGUUUAGAGAAGAAUGAUGAGUUAGUAAUAAUGACAUUAUCUUGGCUGUCUGGCUGGCCAGGAACUCACUCUCAAAUGUGUUGCUUGCCAUGCGCAUGUGGCUACCAAGACAACAGCUUGUACGAUACUCCAAAACAAAGCACGAGUAUUUGUCUUUUCACUUGCAUUCCUAAAGUCAAUCUCU